GCUGUCUCCCGACGAUGUUAGAAAUUACCUGGCAUCUCUGAAUUUGAAUGAUAUUGCUCAUUUUGAAGUUAUCGACAUACGGAUUUUUGCAUUUUCGAAUACCACACUGCAAAAGCACAAACAACUCGAAAUGCCGAUCGAAAAUCUUGAAGAACAAGGCUUAGAGAAGAAUCCAAAUCUUGAGUUGUCGCAGAUCAAAUUUUUGCUAAGCUUGCCAGAAUAUAGUCAGGAUAAAUUACUGGUCGACAAAUUGCAAACCGCGAUAAAAACAGACCAGAUGGCUCCUUGGUAUGAAGAAGUGUGCAACGAACUUGGCUGGAAUAUUGACCAACAAUUGCUUUCUGAUAUGAAGGAAGUUAAUCGGAAAAAGUUGGAUGAAUUAGAUGCUGUCAUUGAAGAUGCAGAAAAAAAUCUUGGAGAAAUGGAAGUCAGAGAAGCUAACUUGAAAAAAUCGGAAUACCUUUGUCGAAUUGGCGAUAAGGAGGGAGCCAUUUCGGCGUUCAGAAAAACCUAUGAUAAAACUGUUUCCCUAGGACACCGUUUGGAUAUUGUGUUCCACAACAUACGUAUUGGUCUUUUUUAUCUGGAUCAUGAUCUUAUCACAAGAAACAUUGAAAAGGCUAAAACCUUAAUUGAAGAAGGCGGAGAUUGGGACCGGCGCAACCGCUUAAAAGUUUAUCAGGGAGCAUAUUGUGUUGCGAUUCGAGAUUUCAAGUCGGCCGCAAAUUUCUUUUUGGAUACCGUCAGCACAUUCACCAGUUACGAACUGAUGGAUUACGCUUCUUUCGUGCGGUACACUGUUUAUGUAUCUAUUAUCAGUCUCCCAAGAAACGAACUCAGAGAUAAAGUGGUAAAAGGUGCUGAAAUUCAGGAGGUACUCCAUCAACUUCCUGAUGUAAAAGAAUAUCUAUUUUCUCUAUAUAACUGUCAUUAUUCGGAGUUUUUCAAGAAUCUUGCGUUAGUUGAAACUGUUUUGCGGAAAGAUAUUCUUUUCCAUCCACAUUAUCGUUUUUAUGUACGUGAGAUGAGAAUUCUUGCUUAUACCCAAUUAUUGGAGUCUUAUCGUUCCCUUACUCUCCAAUACAUGGCUGAUGCAUUUGGGGUAAAUGUAGAUUAUAUUGACGGCGAAUUAUCAAGAUUUAUUGCUGCAGGACGUCUUCACUGUAAAGUGGAUCGUGUAGGUGGAAUAGUCGAAACUAAUCGACCAGACAGUAAAAACUGGCAAUAUCAAGCCACGAUCAAGCAGGGUGAUAUACUACUCAACCGUGUGCAAAAACUUAGUAGGGUCAUCAACAUCUAGAAAAGUAUCUUACUUAUGUAUUAAUUAUAUUGCAUCAAAAUCGAUAAUAAACUCAUUUUUUUUACGCAAA